UUUUUUUUUGUCCGACGAUGGGAAACCGGCGCCGGGCUUCGAUACCACAGACGCAUCAACGACACCAUUUGGCAAAAACUCCACCCCCUCUCUAUAUUAUUGUUCUAAUGUUACCCCCCCUCACUCGACCACCACGACAAAAUCUUCACGAUCCGUCUUUCUGUACAUUUAGAGGGAGUUGUUCUUUUACCCACCCCGUUAGUUGAGGAUACGCAGCAUGACUUGGAAAGGAAUUGGAAGGCACAAUUCCAGUAGAGAGUUGCACAGAUUUCUUCAUUUUUUUUUCUUUUUCUUAUUGCUCGGUCCACUGAGAUUGAUUGACAUGUCGUGCCGUUUAGCUUGGGGGUGGUGGGUGUGGGCGGCAGAGUUCCAACCGACGGGUGACAAAACUCUCAACGUUCGAACAGGUUGGCUCGUCUGCCCUUCUGCGCCCUUUGCGCCCU